UUUCUUCUCCCUGUUGAACGGGGGUAACGCUACGGGGAGCGGGAGUGAGCGAGGUACACGGACGGCCCUUCGGAUGCACGGCCGCGAGGGGAACAAGAAGCUGCUGCGGAUAUCCGUCUCAUACCUGCCUUGAAACUGGGCUCUUCUCUUCGGCUAUUUUUUUUCCUCUUCUUACCCGCUGAACGUUUUGAAUGAAAGCUAGAUAGAGCAAACUGGUUUCGUAACGCGCUGCACCGGUAUCAGCGCGGAGGAAAAGAUAUUUUUCGAGGAUGCGGAUUUAACGGAGAGACGUGAUGAGUGUCACCUGGGAUUUUUAACCGUUAAAAUUUGAAUUAGCUUAGGCGCAAGCGUCGUUAGCAACGGAAGAUACCUUUCAUGUCUGCCGAAAUAUCGCUCAAUAUAACGACGCUAUAUCAAUAAAAGCUACAGCCUCUGCUACAGGAGACGAAAUAACGGGUUGAAUGUGUUUGCCUCCAGCCUUGACACCAUGAGCACCAUCUCGCCGACGGACUUUGACAGCUUGGAGAUUCAGCAGCAGUACAAUGACAUCAACAACCGCUGGGACCUGGCAGCAGAGACUGACUGGGAUAAUGAGAACAGUUCAGCACGCCUCUUUGAACGCUCACGCAUCAAAGCUCUGGCAGAUGAGCGUGAAGCAGUACAGAAGAAGACCUUUACCAAAUGGGUGAACUCUCACUUGGGCAGAGUGACCUGUCGCAUCGGUGACUUGUACACAGACUUACGCGAUGGCCGUAUGCUUAUCCGCCUUCUGGAAGUGCUCUCAGGAGAACAGCUGCCAAAGCCCACAAAGGGCCGCAUGCGUAUCCAUUGCCUGGAGAAUGUCGACAAAGCCCUGCAGUUCCUCAAAGAGCAGAAAGUCCAUCUAGAAAACAUGGGCUCACAUGAUAUUGUGGAUGGAAAUCACCGUCUCACUCUGGGUCUCAUCUGGACCAUCAUCCUUCGUUUCCAGAUCCAAGACAUCAGUGUGGAGACAGAAGACAACAAGGAGAAGAAAUCAGCAAAAGAUGCCCUCCUGCUUUGGUGCCAAAUGAAAACUGCUGGAUACCCCAAUGUCAACAUUCACAACUUCACCACCAGCUGGAGAGAUGGACUGGCGUUCAAUGCCAUCGUACACAAACACAGACCCGACUUGAUUGAGUUUGACAACCUGAAGAGGUCCAAUGCUCACUACAAUCUCCAGAAUGCUUUCAAUGUGGCUGAGAAGGAGCUGGGGCUUACCAAGCUGCUGGACCCAGAAGAUGUUAAUGUUGACCAGCCUGAUGAAAAGUCCAUCAUUACCUAUGUGGCCACCUACUACCAUUACUUCUCCAAGAUGAAAGCCCUGGCAGUGGAGGGCAAACGUAUUGGCAAGGUUCUUGACUACGCUAUCGAAGCAGACCAACUAAUAGACAAGUAUGAGACCCUGGCCUCUGAGCUGCUGCAGUGGAUUGAACAGACUAUAGUGACGCUCAAUGAUCGGCAGCUAGCUAACUCUCUGAGUGCUGUGCAGAACCAACUUCAGGCUUUCAACUCCUAUCGGACUGUGGAGAAACCUCCCAAAUUUACAGAGAAAGGAAAUUUGGAGGUUCUCCUCUUUACCAUCCAGAGCAAAAUGAGAGCAAACAAUCAGAAAGUCUACAUGCCAAGAGAAGGCAAACUAAUCUCUGACAUUAAUAAGGCAUGGGAGCGACUUGAAAAGGCAGAGCAUGAACGAGAGCUGGCACUAAGAAAUGAGCUGAUUCGUCAGGAGAAGCUAGAGAUGCUAGCUGCACGUUUUGAUCGCAAGGCUGCAAUGAGGGAGACAUGGCUGAGUGAGAACCAAAGGCUGGUGUCCCAGGACAACUUUGGAACUGACCUGGGUGCUGUUGAAGCUGCUACACGUAAACAUGAAGCUAUCGAGACGGACAUUGGGGCGUACUGGGAGCGUGUGGCUGCUGUGGAGGCCGUUGCCAAAGAGCUGGAGGCAGAGGGGUACCAUGACGUGCGACGAAUACUUGCAAGAAGGGAUAAUGUGCUUCGACUCUGGGAAUACCUCAAAGAACUUCUAGCUGCACGCAGAGAGCGUCUGAAUGCUCAUCGUGACCUACAGAGACUGUUCCAGGAGAUGCGUUACAUCAUGGACUGGAUGGCAGACAUGAAGAGUCGUCUGCAGUCUCCAGACAGUGGCAAACAUUUGCAUGACGUGUUAGACCUCCUGCAGAAGCACACUCUUGUAGAGGCUGAUAUUUCAGCACAGGCAGAGAGGAUCAAGGGAGUGCAGGCAGCUGCACAGCGCUUUACGUCCUAUGAACAAGCCUACAAACCAUGUGAGCCAGGACUUGUUAGUGAAAAGGUUGAGCAGCUGGGUCAGGCCUAUGAGGAGCUUGGUCAUCUUGCCGCCAAACGCAGAGAGCGCCUGGAAGACUCCCGGCGACUGUGGCAGUUUAUGUGGGAUCUCGGGGAGGAAGCAGCAUGGAUCAGAGAACAGGAGCAGAUCCUGGCAAGCGGAGACUGUGGUCGUGAUCUCACCUCUGCACUUCACCUGCUCAGCAAACAUGAAGCUUUCAGAGAUGAGAUGGCAGCUCGCUAUGGUCCCCUGAGUAACAGCAUUGCUGUUGGAGAAGCUUUGGUAAAGGAGGGACACUUUGGAGCACCAGAGGUCACUGAGAGAAUCAAAGACAUCCGUGCACAAUGGGCACAUUUGGAGGAGACAACUAAGCUCAGAGAGCAAAAUCUUAAGGAAGCAGUUGCCCUGCACCAAUUCCAGACAGAUGCCAAUGACAUGGAGGCAUGGAUCAUGGAGACUCUUCGACAGGUGUCCAGUCAGGAGGUGGGCCAUGAUGAGUUCUCCACCCAGACCCUGGCAAGAAAACAGAGAGAGAUCGAGGAGGAGAUCCAGAGCCACCACCCACUCAUCGACUCCCUGCAUGAGCAGGCCCAAGCACUGCCACAGGCCUAUGUACAUUUCCCUGAGGUGGAGGGUCGCCUACCUGCCAUUGAGCAGCGCUAUGAAGAGCUGGAGUCCCUGUCUGCAGCUCGCCGCCAGGCUCUGGAAGGUGCCCUGGCCCUCUACCGCAUGUUCAGUGAAGCUGGUGCCUGCCAGUUGUGGGUGGAGGAGAAAGAACAGUGGCUAUACGGCAUGGAGAUACCCACCAAACUGGAGGAUCUCGAGGUGGUGCAGCAGAGGUUUGAGACACUGGAGCCUGAGAUGAACAACAUCAGCACCCGUGUCACUGAUGUGAACCAGGUAGCCCAGCAGCUGUUGAGCUCUGACAACUGCAACAAAGACCAAAUCAACCAGACACGAGACCAGCUGAAUAACAGAUGGAAGGAGUUUGAAAAGCUGGCUGGUCAGAAGAAACAAAGCCUUGAGUCAGCCCUUAAUAUCCAGAAUUACCAUCUGGAGUGUAAUGAGAUCCAAACCUGGAUGAAGGAAAAGACGAAGGUGAUUGAGUCCACUCAGGGCCUGGGCAAUGACCUUGCUGGAGUAAUGGCUCUGCAGCGCAAACUCACUGGCAUGGAGAGGGACCUGGAGGCCAUUCAGGGCAAAUUGGAUGACCUGAGAAAAGAAGCAGAGAAGCUAGCCAAGGAACAUCCAGAACAGGCUGCAGAGAUCCAGGGACGUCUGGCAGAGAUUCAAGAGGUGUGGGAGGAGUUGAACGCCACCAUGAAGCGGCGUGAGGAGUCACUAGGUGAAGCAAGCAAGCUGCAGGGCUUCCUCAGGGAUCUGGAUGACUUCCAGUCGUGGCUCUCUCGCACCCAGACAGCUGUGGCCUCAGAAGACAUUCCCACCUCUCUGCCUGAGGCCGAGAGUCUGCUCGCCCAACACGAGAGCAUCAAGAACGAGGUGGAUAACUAUAAGGAGGACUAUGAGAAGAUGCGGGCAGUCGGUGAGGAGGUGACGCAAGGUCAGACAGAUGCCCAGCACAUGUUCCUGGCCCAGAGGCUCCAGGCCCUGGACACAGGCUGGCACGAGCUGCGACGCAUGUGGGAGAACCGCCACAGCCUGUUGGCCCAGGCCUUCGACUUCCAGACUUUCUUGAGAGAUGCAAAGCAGGCAGAAGCUUUCCUCAACAGCCAGGAGUACGUGCUGUCCCACACAGAGAUGCCUACCAGCCUGCAGGGAGCAGAGGAGGCCAUCAAGAAGCACGAAGAUUUCCUCACAACCACAGAGGCCAGCGAGGAGAAGAUAACUGGUGUGGUGGAAGCUGGACGGCGCCUCAUUAAUGACUCGAAUGCAAACUCUGAUAAGAUCCAGGAAAAAGUUGACUCCAUCCAGGAAAGGCAUCUCAAGAAUAAAAAAGCUGCAAAUGAAUUACUGGCAAAGCUUAAGGAUAACCGUGAACUUCAACACUUCCUCCAAGAUGGACAGGAGCUCACAUUAUGGAUCAAUGAGAAGAUGCUAACUGCUCAGGACAUGUCUUAUGAUGAGGCCAGAAAUCUUCACAGCAAGUGGCAGAAACAUCAGGCCUUUAUGGCAGAGCUGGCCUCAAACAAAGACUGGCUGGACAAAAUUGAUAAGGAGGGUCAGGCACUGGUGGCUGAGAAGCCUGAACUCAAACCAGUGGUUCAGCAGACCCUUGAGGACCUACAGCGUCAGUGGGAAGAGCUAGAGGGCACCACCCGCACCAAGGCCCAGUGUUUGUUUGAUGCUAACCGGGCUGAGCUCUUCACACAGAGUUGCUCCGCUCUGGAUGUCUGGCUGAAAAACCUGGAGGGUCAGCUGCAAAGUGAUGACUACGGCAAAGAUUUGACCAGUGUCAACAUUCUGCUUAAGAAGCAUCAGAUGUUGGAGCAUCAGAUGGAGGUCAGAGAGAAGGAGGUGCAGUCCCUUCAGUCUCAGGCUCUGGCCCUGACCCAGGAGGAUGCAGGACUGGCUGAGGUGGAUGGCCAGCAAAGACGGGUCACUGACAACUUCUCCGGGCUUCAGGAACCUCUCAAAAUGAGGAGACAGCGACUCCUAGCUUCUAAAGAAGCCCAUCAAUUCAACAGAGAUCUGGAGGAUGAAAUUCUUUGGGUGAAAGAGAGGAUGCCUCUUGCGACCUCAACGGAUCAUGGAAAAGACCUGCCAACCGUUCAGCUUCUAAUUAAGAAGAACCAGACAUUGCAGAAAGAGAUCCAGGGCCACCAGCCUCGCAUUGAUGACAUCCAUAGACGAGGCAAGACUCAGAGCCAGGUAGACGGUGAGAGGCAGUCUGUUCUGGAGGAGCGGCUUGUUGAACUAAGACACCUCUGGGAUCAACUGAUUGCAGAGACAGACAAGCGUCACACCCGUCUUAUAGAAGCCAACCGCGCCCAGCAGUUUUAUGCUGAUGCAGCAGAGGCAGAGGCCUGGAUGGGAGAGCAAGAGCUCCACAUGAUGUCAGAGGAAAAAGCUAAGGAUGAGCAAAGCGCACUAGUGAUGGUCAAGAAGCACCAGACGCUGGAACAGGCACUUGAAGAUUAUGCACAAACUAUUCACCAGCUGGCAAACAGCAGCCGCCUCAUGGUCACCAGUGAACACCCAGAGAGUGAGAGGAUAACCCUACGCCAGGCCCAGGUUGACAAGCUUUAUGCAGGGUUGAAAGAUCUCGCUGAGGAGCGCCGUGGGCGGCUUCAGGAGAGACUGCGGCUGACCCAGCUAAAGCGGGAGGUGGAUGACCUUGAACAGUGGAUAGCAGAGAGGGAGGUGGUUGCUGGCUCCCAUGAACUAGGACAGGACUACGAACAUGUCACUAUGCUGAGGGACAAGUUCCGGGAGUUUGCCCGUGACACCAGCACCAUUGGCCAGGAGCGUGUGGAUGGUGUCAAUGGACUGGCAGAUGACCUGAUUGAGUCGGGUCAUCCUGAGAAUGCCAGUGUGGCUGAGUGGAAGGACGGGUUAAAUGACGCCUGGGCUGAUCUGCUGGAGCUGAUUGACACACGCACACAAAUGUUAGCAGCCUCAUAUGAGCUGCACCGAUUCCAUCAGGAUGCCAUGGAGGUGCUUGGACGUGUUAAGGAGAAGAGAGAGGGGCUGCCCUCUGACCUGGGGCGUGAUCUCAACACUGUUCAGCAUCUACACAGACAACACAACACAUUUGAAAAUGACAUCCAGGCGCUCAGUGGACAGGUGAACCAGGUACAAGAUGACGCAGCACGCCUGCAGAAAGCUUAUGCUGGGGAGAAAGCUGAUGACAUUCACAGGAGUGAGCAUGCUGUCACCUCUGCCUGGGAGGGUCUGCUGGAGGCUGGUCAGGCCCGCAGGCUCCUCCUGCUGGACACCGUGGAGAAGUUCCGGUUCUUCAACAUGGUGCGAGACCUCAUGCUCUGGAUGGACGGUAUCAACCUGCAGAUUGAUGCACACGACAGCCCCAGGGAUGUUUCUUCUGCAGGGUUGGUCAUUAACAAUCAUCAAGACAUCAAGUCAGAGAUUGAGACCAGAGCAGAUAACUUUACUGCCUGCAAUGAGAUGGGAAAUACUCUCAUCAACAAUAAUCACUAUGCAGCUGAUGAGAUCCGGGAGAAACUGGCUCAACUCCAAGAAAAGAGAGACAGGAUUAACAAAAAGUGGCAAGACAAGAUGGACCAUUUACAGAUUGUGUUGGAAGUGUUGCAGUUUGGACGUGAUGCCUAUGUGGCAGAGUCCUGGUUAGCAGGCCAGGAACCUUUGGUGCGAGCAGCAGAGCUGGGUACAAACGUUGACGAGGUAGAGAGCUUAAUUAAGCGCCAUGAGGCCUUUGAGAAACUUGCAGCAGCCUGGGACGAUCGCUUUGUGCUGCUGGAGAAACUCACUACACUUGAGGAGCAGGAAAUCCAGAGGAGACGAGAAGAGGAGGAGAGAGCACGGCGACCCCCAACACCGCCCCCAGCUGAAGAAGUCGCACAGUCCGAAACAGAGAGUCAUAUACACGAUUCUGCUGCCAGAACUAGUCUGGACCAGACCACGCUCAAUCAGUCGGUGUCAGUGAAUGGAGUUCACAGCGACAACGACACAUCUCAGUCGUUAUCGCUAUCGUUGUCAGUGGGAAAGAAAUCAGAGCCUAAACGUGUGUGUAAGCCAAAGCAGCCGGAGCGAGGCUCAGAGUCCGAGUCAGUGAACGGACCAGGCAGGGACAGCGGGCUGGCUUCUUCUCGCCUUGAGCCGUCCGCCACUUUACCGAGCAGGGGUGGAGCAGAGUCAGAGCCAGAAACUAUGGAGGGAAUGCUCUGUCGAAAACAGGAGAUGGAGUCUCACAGCAAAAAGGCAGCUACCAGGUCUUGGCAGAACGUAUACUGUGUCUUAAGGAAAGGAAGUCUUGGUUUCUACAAAGACAACAAGAGCGCAAGCAACGGCAUUCCAUACCACGGAGAGGUACCCAUCAGCCUUGGGGAGGCUGUGUGUGAGGUCGCCCAUGACUACAAGAAGAGGAAACACGUAUUCAAGCUCAGGCUAGGAGAUGGAAAGGAGUACUUGUUCCAAGCAAAGGAUGAGGCGGAAAUGAGCUCCUGGAUCCGCUCCAUACAGGGUUCCAUUCCAGCAGGAGCAGGAGACUCGCCCGGAGGUCCCCGGGCACUCAGCCGUGCCAUGACGAUGCCCCCCAUCUCCCCCAGCUCAGGCGACGCAGGAGGCGUCACCAUGCGCAACAAAGAUGGAAAAGAGAAGGAUCGAGAGAAGAGGUUCAGCUUCUUUGGCAAGAAAAAAUAGAACACUUGUGAAACCAUCGAUGGGAGCUACAUAUGUCAAAAUUUCAAUGAACUGAAGCAGACAAAGUCCAGACAGGUCACACAAACACACUGCUCUCAGCGCAGGUCCCGGGGAAUUUGUCGACAGCUGCUGUAUGUGGCUUACAGAGAACUUUGUUUCCUUUCUUUCUUUAUGAUUCUCUCCCUCACCAGUUUUAUCUGUCAGUUUUUUCCUUCAACCAAUUCAUAUCUCACAUAAAGCCACACCAAACAAGGAAAGCCUUUAUCCUUAAGUUCAGCCAACUAGCAGACCUCAUUCGUAACUGAUGUGGCUUGCAUCAGUCAGGUCCAGUUCAAAUCCACCCUAAACGGUUCUCUUUCAGCAUAAAUAUAUAUUCUGUUGUGAGUCAGUGAGACUUAACUAGCUGAGCCGUUCGGUGUUGCUGAUAAAUGGAUGGGUGAUGCUUUCCGCUGUGGUGCUCUGUGGUUUUCUUUCUCCUCUUAACAAUCUCUCUGUUUGGAAAGGAUCCCAUCAGUCUCUCUUUCUGUUCUUGGUAUUGUUGUUAUUAACCUGACGAUAUUAUUGCUGUUAUUAUAAUUAUUUAUCUUUUUGCUAUUGCUGGUUUGAAACACAGACUAAUUAAUUUGACAGUAGAUAAUCUUGAUUCAUGUUGUGGAGAGAAACAAAUUUGGUUCAACUAGUGGAGAAUGUUGGGCUUGCCCUUUGUAUGUAUUAUUAUUAUUAUUAUUAUUAUUAAUUUUUUAGGAAUGACAGUUUAUGAGGUGUUUUGAGACAAAAUAAAGCUCUUUAAAUUUUA